AUGAAGAUGGAACAACGUAACAAAUGGAUCUCUCCAUCCAGAUACUGGAGGUCACAAAUGCGGAGGGUGAAAACACCUCUCUUCACACGGAGGGACUGCGCUUCCACGAGCGCAGAUUUAGACAUCCCCAAAACCUUCGUGCGUCUUUUCCACAGUUUCGUGUUAGACAAGUUUAAGAACUAUUGUGGUAAAAAUGCUUGCACACGAAGGUUGCUGGACUCGCUUGGCACCCUGUCUCUAGUGCCACCUGCAAGCACAUUUGCGAAGACAAAAACUCAGGCCAAUUUACUCCGAACAGUCGAGAAUGUUUAUUUUGUGUUGAAGCGAGGCCAGGUCACUCUCCCUCGGGCCUCGCGCCGGGGACGUCAGAACAGCCUCCUCGUCCCGACGCUCGAGUGCUACGUGGCUGAGGUGUCGCCUGCCUGCGGACGAGUGCUAAGUGGACGCCCUUGCUCGGCCUCGCCCUCGCUCGCCGGUCCUCUCGCGCAGAUUCGGGAGCCAGCGUUAAGGGAGGGAGGCUCGGGCGCUCGCACCGCGCACACGGGAGGGGUUCCGGCAGCGCUCCCUGACGCCAUGAGCAGGCACCCACUACCAGUCACCUUCGAGGAGGUCCCCGCCGAGGUGGUCGCCAGGCACUCCUCCAGGGGCUUCUGCUACAAGAAGAAGAUGGUGCGCACCGUGCCCGGAAGGUUUUCGCUCUCGGAGGCGUAUUUGAAACUUGCCGACGCCCACUAUAACUUUGAAUUCCGGACCAGCGACGUCGUGUUGUUGUCUUACCCCAAGAGUGGUACAACAUGGGCGUCCGAACUAUUAUGGGCGAUGAUGAAUAUCGACCAUCUGGACUUUAUGGAGAAAAAUAACAUUCAUGGUAGAGCCUUUUACUUGGAUAAGGACUUUGCUCAUCCCAUUCCAGAAGAAGACCUCGUCAGAUUCCGACAGAAGCUGCCCGGCGCCAAGGCAGAAGAAGGCGUUAUCCUGCAGCUGGCGGCGGCCGAGAAGGGUCCUAGGCUCCUGUGGUCGCAUAUGCCCCUGCUGCUCUUGAAUCCUGAUAUGCUUAACACGUGCAAAGUUGUGUAUGUGGCCCGCAAUCCGAAGGACGUGUGUGUUUCUGCAUUCCACUUCAUCAGCAAGCUCCGCUUUGAAGGCUUGAAGGUUUACCAAGGCGAGUUCUCUGACUUUGCUGAAGUCUUCAUGGAUGACAGUUUCAUGAUGAUGCCUUACUGGGAACACAUCCAGCAGGCAUGGCAGCAGAGGGACCAUGAUCAUCUCCAUAUCAUGUUUUAUGAGGACAUGAAAAAGGAUUUAAUGGGAGAACUGCGGAAGCUGAAUUUACAUCUGAUGACUGGUCUCAGCGAGCAGCAACUCAGGCAGGUGUCUGAAGCAGCAAGUUUUGACAGACUGAAGUCCUUAGAAGCCAAAAUGCCAAUCUUCAAAUCAGUGGACGGCAGCUUCUUCCGUAAAGGGCAGACCGGAGACUGGAAGAACAUUGCAACACCUGAAUUAGAUAUCCGCAUGGACAGAUGGAUCCAGGAAAAGUCACGAAUGAUAGGCAUCACUUUCCAAUACUCAUAAAGGGGUAAUGGAAUCUAGUAUCAAGAGAGGAGUUUAAUCUUAUGUCUAAUAGUGAUUAAAUUAAUAGACUUAUAUUUUGCUUGUUAAAUGCUAUAGUGUCCUGAUUGUUGUAGCCUUGUUUCUGCAAUAAAGCAUGCUUGGCUAUGAGAUGAGUGUUCUGAACACUAGUUAUGAGACACUAUAUUUCUUCUGGAAAAUUUAAAUAAACAUAAGUACGAUAGACCAUUCAUGUUGAACAAAUUGUAAAUGAAGCAACAAAAGAAAACUCAUGAAUAUGACCUGGAGGUAGUUAAAUACAUUUUGUUUGGAUACAGAACCGAUCCAUGAUAUCUGCCCAAGAAGGUCCAUCAAAACGGGAAUAAACAAAAAAAUUCAAGACUUUUCAAGAAAUCUUGAAAUAUCAUGCCAUCAAAAAUUGCACCUGUAUGUGUUUUCUUGCUUUUUCCCUUUGUUGUUUUACUUACGCUCUAGAAAUUAUAUAUUGGUAAUUAAUAAAACAGAAAGAAUACCCAUUCUGGAAAAAAAAAAAAAUGGUGCUUCAUUUAGUACUCAAACAGAAAUAUAUUUGGUUUGUAUCAUGAGUAUGGAGUAGGAAUAUUUUACCCUGUGUAUUAUGUGACCAGUGUUGUGAAACCAAAGCUUUUCCAGUUACUGAUGCUCAAUGCUAUAGAUAUUAGGCAAUGCUGUGAAAGGUGUUUAUAAGACAGAUUAGUGCAAUACAGAAGUGAAGGCAGUACAGUAAUCUAUCUAAUACAUAUAAGAUUAAAAAAAAAAAAAAACUGAACUUGAUCUGCACACGAUUUUAUUCAUUUAUGAAAGAAAGUACGAAAGUAAUAGCUUACGAUAUUCAUAAUUCCUUUCCAUUCUUCUGGUUUGCCUGCUGUAUCUCAAAAAAGGACAUAGAACAUCCUCUUAUCUACAUAAUCAUUAUCUGACCUAGCUUUUUGCAAUAGUUCUCAUAAUAAUAAUGUAUGACAAGUUACGUAAUGAUAUUACCUGUUACAUAUUAUCAACCAUUCCAUUUAUUUUAGGUCAAAUUUUGAUGUACUUAAGCACAAUGAAAUAAACUUAUUUGCUCUUU